UUUCGUCAAUUCGCCUUUGUGUUUCUUCCGUGCAGACGCGUUUUUCCUCGAGCUCUCCGCCUCGUAGCUUUCCCAAUUCAAAAAAGUAGAAAAGAAACUGAAAAGAGUGCUUGUUAAAUAUAUUGAAUACAUUUUAAUUCGAAACGAACGGUGUGCGUGUUUAAGAAGCAGCAGAAGCAGCGUCGCCGCCGCCAUUACCAAAUGCAGUCAAUUACAGUGAAGCCCGGGCAAUGGAAGUUGGCAAUGCAAGCGAUCAGUACAACAAACGGAAUAAUGGCCGCGCACAAAUAACACUAGCACAAAAAAGUAGCCACAGUGAAACACCGUCACCAACACAGCACCAAAACACACACGAAACACUCGAAAAGACAAAUCAGUUCAAGUCACUCGCUUUUAGUUGCUCUACAAAACCAAAAUCCUCUUUAACCGUCAAAGAAGUGAGAAAACAAACAACAAAACGCUAAACAAAAGAAACAUUUAAAACAAAACAAAAAAAAAAAAAAAACCGAAGACAAAUCAAGUUCAUUCAAUCAUGUUCAACUUCCACAAACCACGCGUCUACCGCUCAGCCGAUGGCUGCUGCAUUUGCCGUGCCAAGUCAAGCAGCUCCCGCUUCACGGCCUCUCGCAAGUACGAGAAGGAAUCGAUGCAGUGCUUCAAUCUCCACGAGCCGCGCAACGGCGAGAUCUGUAAUGCCUGCGUGCUCCUGGUAAAGCGCUACAAGCGAUUGCCGGUGGGCAGCAAGCGUCACUGGGGUCAUGUUGUGGAUGCACGUGCUGGGCCCGGAACCAAGUCCCUGGCCAAGCAGAAGAAGCGCGACAAUGCCGAAGCAGCGGCCGCUGCGGAGGCCAAGAGCGUGAGCAGUGGCAACAAUAGCUCAUUUCUGCCCGAGAAAUUUGCCAAGAUCUUUAAGAAGAAUCGCAAGGGCAAGAUCACAGCAUCCGCUGCGAGCACAACAGCAGCUGCACCAGUUAUCAAUCGACCCAGCAGCACCUCACCCACCUCAGAGCACAAUCCUAGCGAUUCCAAUGAGAGCUACGACGACGACAUGCAGCUAGCAAGAGGCGGAGGUGGAGGUGGAGGUGGCGCUACCCAUGGAGUGGGUACGGCAGCCAUUUAUCAGACGCGCAAGCGAACGGCAGCCGCUGCCUUGGCCGUUGUUAACGGCAAUGCCGCCGAGAUUGUUAAACGUCCCAAGCUCACGGGCAGCAAGCGACGCCGCCAAUUGCCACCGAAGAAAGGUCGUCGGGCUGUUGAUAAUGUGCCCUUCUUCGAGGAGAGCGAUCUCGUGCGCUUGGAGGUCUGCUGCGGUGUUGUCUUCCAGAGCUUGUCCCUUGGCAGCUGUUGCUACAUCAUUGAUCCGGAGCUGUAUAAGCCCUGUGAGAAGCAUCAACGUCUACGGCAGCAGCAACACCAGCUGCAGGUGCAGCAUCAGCAGGAAAUUCAGCAGCAGCAGUUGCAGAAGGAAACGCUGGUAGAGACGGCUGUGAAUCCAACCAUCCCACCGGCCACCAUUACCACCACCAACACCACCACUCAAGUUCAAAGUCAGGCGGCCAAAAUGGGGCCGCUCAAGAAGCACCAUCUGUUCUUCAAGCGACAAUCGGAGUCAUUCCCACAGGGGGAUGUCGUCCAUAGAAUAAGUCCAAUUCCAUUGAGCAAGACUGAAGCAAACAGCAGCCACCAUUUAUAUACGCCCACUGGUGGGGCGUCGUCACAGAAGCCGCAACAUUCCAAUUUGUCGCUGAUUCUCAAGCCCACAGGAGCAGUAGCAGCCGCCGCCACUCAGCAAUCCACUCAGACAUCAGCGGCAUCCGUUUCCGGAGUAGUAUCUGUGGGCGCCGCCUCGCCCUCGUUCUCCUCCUCAUCGUCCAAUUGCUCCACCUCGUCCUCGGUGGCCACCAAGUUCAAUGACAACUCCUCGGACUCUGGUUUCGACGAACAUGUGCUGGAGCGCAAAUCUGUCAGUCCACCAACGCAGGAUGAGUGGAAGUUGCGAGGCGCUGCAUCAGGUGGCAUGCAGUUGAUUCUGGCCAGCGGCUUGCCCAUUUCAGGACAAUCGCAGAAUCUGGUGCUGGCCGGGAAUGAGUUUACGGCCAGAAUUGUGCAGCAGCGACAGCAGCCGGUGAUUCCUUCGAACGAAGCAGCAGCAGGAACAGGAGCGGCACCUCCGCUCAAGAUCAAUGUGGUGCCUGGUGGCGGAUCUCAGGGGAAUAGCAAUAAAUUGCGUGCAAUAUUCAACAGCGCCAGCAGCAUUCAGCAUGAGAACGGUGUGACUACCAUUCUGCCUGCCUCCUCGUUGGCUGCCAGCAAUCAGACGGCGGCAAUGAAUGCGAUUGCUCCAAGCACAGUGACCAUAACGCCAUCAUCUGUGGUGGGCAAGAAGGUGACUGCCGCCGGUGUUGCGGUGACCAAUCCCAAGUUUAUACUGCUCAAACCGGCCAAAUUUGUGGGCCAGACGGUGCCACCACCGCCUCCAGAUGCCAAAAUCGUUUAAGAGAGAGAGAGAGAGAGAGAGAGAGGAAGUGAGUGAAAGAGAGACGGAAGAAGGAAUGAAACGAAAAGGAAAGAGAGAGGGAAAGAGAAGCCUAGCGUCUCGCAAUGUUAACCAA